AUGUUAAGCACUAAUAUGGGGGCGAUACUAAAAACUGAGCUGUCAAGCGAUGACUGUGGCCAAGAGGUCAGAAUACUGUUAGAGGAAUUAGAAAUCAUUAUGUAUACGUUAGAGUUGUACGAGGUUGAGAAAGAGGAAUGGAGAAGGGAAAUUUUUGACAGAGCUUCCAAGGAUUUAAAAAUUUUUAUUAUAAGAAAUACGAGUAAGGAAGAAGAAAUUGUCGAGAUUAGAAAAAAAUUGAUUAUGCGAGUUAGAGAAUCGGAGGAAAAGAAAAGGAAAGAAAAUGAAUUUAAGGAAUUAACGCAGAUGGUGGUACAAACGGUUCAGGAAGCUAUGAGAGUUAACAAAGGAGUAGGGAACGAGAGAAGGAGCAUUAGAUGCUUUUAUUGUGAUAAAGAAGGUCACGUGGUUAGGAGGUGCUAUUUGAGAAGGUCGAAGGAGGGAUAUAACAAUAGUAAUAAAGGUAAUUUAAAUUAUUUGAGGGUUGGUUUUGAAAAUAGUAGUGACUCUGAGACAGUCCAAGAAAGGGGAUAUAGACGAUCCAAGAAAGGGUCAAGGAUUAAAAUAGAGUCAAAGGAAAAAGAGUACGAGCCUAAAGAGGGUAACAAACGGAAAAGAUUGAAUUUGGAGAGAUACGUUGAAAAGUUUAGUGGGGUAUUUAAUAAUGGUAAGGAGGAAGUGAAAUACUGUAAAAUAGAAAAAUGUAAAAUUAUUACGGAGGAAGGAAAAAAAAUAUAUAAGAAGGGACAGAUGGUUCCACAAUCAUUGAUAAGAGACACGGAAAAGCAUCUAGAGGAUUUAAUGAAUAGAAAAGUUAUUAGAGAGUCGAAUUCGGAGUGGAGAAAUCCAAUAAGAGCGUUACGCAAGCCAAAUGGUGAUAUCAGACUUGUAAGUAAUUUGAUAGCGCUAAACGAUAUUGUAGAGAAGGAUAAUUACAAAUUAGCAAAUAUAAGAGACGUUAUCAGAGCAACGCAGGGCGCAAAUUAUAUGACCGUUUUUGAUUUAAAAGAAGGCUUUUAUAGUAUUGAGAUUGAGGAAAAAGAUAAGCAUAAAACGGCCUUUGAAUUUAACGGCAAGGCAUAUGAGUGGAAUUCCAUGGUGAUGGGUUAUAAGAACAGCCCGCAGAUAUUACAAAGGAUUAUGGAUAGAGUAUUUAGAGAUUUAAAAGGGAAAGGUGUAGAAAUAUAUAUGGAUGAUAUAGUGGUAUAUAGUAAAAGUAUAGAAGACCAUGAUAAAAUUGUAAACGAGGUGCUUAGAAGAUUAAGUGAAAAUAAUAUGAAGUUGAACGUUAAUAAGAUUCAGUUUUGUCAGCAGGAAGUAAAAUUAUUAGGUGUGACGUUGAAUGGUUGUGAGAUAGUGCCGUCAGAGAUAAAGAAAAAUGAAGCGUUAGAGUUUCCAAUACCGACGUGUGUGUCAGAAGUAAGACGAUUUUUGGGAAUGACGGGAUGGUUUCGAGAUUUUAUUAAGAAUUAUGCUGGAUUAACGAUAAACUUGACAGAUAGCUUGAAGGGGAAGAAUAAUAACUGGAAAUGGACAAAGGAAAUGAAUGCAGAAUUUGAUAACUUAAAGAAGGUACUGAGGGAGUUAGGGAAAUUGAAAAUAGCUGAUUAUGAUAAGGAAUUUUUAUUGAGGACGGAUGCGAGUGAUUUAGGUAUGGGUGCAGUUUUGUUACAGAAAAAUAGUAAAGAAGAAUGGGUACCCGUACAAUGGGCUUCGAAAAAGUUCACUCCGACGGAAGUUAGAUAUGGUAUAUCAGAGAAGGAGAUGUAUGCCGUGUUUUGGGGCGUAAAGAAAUUUGAAUAUGAGCUAAGAGGCAGAAAGUUUAAAAUUGAAACGGACCAUAAAGCAUUAGCAGAGAUUAGAAAGAAAUCGGAUUUUAAUAAUGCCAGAAUUAAUAGAUGGGUUGAAAAGAUACAGGAAUUUGAUUUUGAGAUUAGGUAUAUUCCUGGGGAUGAAAUGGUUGUUCCGGACGCAUUGAGCAGAGUUUAUACGAAUAAGGAGGAUCAUAAGCGGAGAGUUAUAAAGGAAAGACGAGAUAAACAAAUUGAAGGUAAAAGGAAAAAGCAUGUGAAAAUAAUUGAUGGACAAGAAUUUUGGGUAUUUGACGAUGGGAAAGAGCAAACAAUGCCACCGGCCAAUGAAAGAGAUAAGUUAAUAAUGGAUUGUCAUCUUCAGUUAAGCCAUAGAGGUAGAACGAGCGUAUACUACGAAAUAAGGAAGCAAUUCUAUUGGCCAGGGGUGAAAGACCAGAUUGAGAGAGUAUUGAAGAACUGCGAAACAUGUCAGAAGUUUAAUAGGAAAACAAGCGGCGGUACGGAUUUUGUGAGUACAACAAGAUAUUUAGAGAAAGUGGGAUUAGAUUUGAUCGAAUUUAGAGAGGAAAAAGCAUUUAUUGUUGUUGCGAUAGAUUAUUUUACUAGGAGAGCAUGGGCAAGAGUUGUAGAAAGUAAGCACGCAACGGCAAUAGUAAGCCUUAUUAAAGAAUUAUGUUCCCAAGGGAAAAAGCCGGAAGAGAUAAUUACAGAUAAUGGUAAAGAAUUUUGUAACGAACAGUUGAGAGAACUUUGUAGUACGAUGAAUAUAGAGCACAGGAAAGUUGGAGUUGAAUCUCAUAGAAGCAAUGGAAGAGUGGAACGCAUUAUUAGAACGUUGCGUGAAGGAAUGUUAAAAAGCAAGGAAGUUGAGUUCAAAGAUAAAGUUUACGAGGCUAUUGAAACGUAUAAUUUGAGUUUUCAUGUUGGAUUAGGAUGCACGCCAAUAGAGGCAGUGAAUGAUGACACAGGAAAGGUAAUGCUUGAGAAUAGUCCGCAGGGUAGGUACGCUAGACGGUUUAGACGUUGGUACAGAGAGAAAUUUAAAAAGAACCAGAUCGUAAGAGUUGCUAAAAGAGAAAAUUUGACUGGGUGUAGUAAAUACAGUAAGGGUAGGUUUCUAGGUAUGGGUAAAGUGAUUGAGUUGUGUCUAGGAGAUUCGUACAUUGUGAGGUUAGAGAAUGGAAGAUUUGUUAAAAAGAGACAUUACGAUCUAAAAGGGAUUGGUGUCUUAAAUUAUGGU